CUGCUACGUAGUUCUAAAACGCAGACUAAAGCCGACAAUGUAGAAGCUCUGUAAUUAUUUGGAGUUACAGAUGAUGUAUAUAAAAAGGAGAGAUUGUGAAAGAUCAUCGAAAAUUGGAUGCACUAGCGUGCACAUGCCGGAAUACCUGAGUAUUCGUAAACAACGUAAUUAUGUUCUCCAAAUAUCUUUGGCUAUUGCUGUUAUUAGGAAUCGCGUAUUUUCUACAAUCGCGGAAUUUGAUCAGGGAAAUCAAAUUUCACUUGAUGGGUGGAACGUGGUUGAAUGUAAUUGACGCCAUAUAUCUUGGAUUAAAUAAUAAUGUCUCUGGCAAAGAGCAAAGGAUGUUCACUGCAAGUGAAUUGAAACGAUAUACGAAUCUGGAGAACGGACUGUAUCUCUCGAUUUUAGGCCAAGUUUUCGAUGUGACUAAAGGUGAAAAGCAUUACGGACCAGGGGGAAACUAUCACGCUUUUACCGGUCGCGAUGCUUCCUUGGCAUUUAUUACUGGAGAAUUCGAUGACAAAGGUUUAACAGAUGACAUAUCUAGCUUGUCCGCGCAACAAGUUAAGGCACUGGAUGAUUGGCUGCAAUUUUAUAAGGCAAACUACAUUUACAAAGGAAAAUUAUAUGGCAGAUAUUACAAUCAAGAUGGCAGUCCAACUGCAGAGUCUUAUAAGAUACAAGAAAAAUUACUAGUUGCUAAAAAGGAAAAGUCACUGGAAGAGAAACAGAAAAGAAUGUUUCCACCAUGCAAUAUAGAAUGGAAUCCAGAGAUUGGUACUGUAUUUUGGUGUACCAAAAAGAGUGGUGGAGUUGAAAGAGAUUGGGUAGGAGUACCAAGAAUGCUAUUUGAGACUGCAAAUACACAAAGCACAUCUAGAUGCACCUGUGUCAAACUAGAUAGUAUGGAAUACGAAGAGAAUAAAGCUAAGUUAAGAGAAUACAAUGGCUGUGCAAAAUAUGAAACAAAAUGUGUUCUUAAAAAAAAAAGUAAUAUGAAAGUAUGAAGUAUUAAUUAAAAUACUACGUCUGUCAAAUUAAAUAAUCAGAUUUUAUAUUUAUACAAUAUUACAACAUAUAUGAAAAAGUUUAGAUUUAAGAUAUUAUCUUUAUACAAUUUUUUGUAUUUUUUAAUAAUUUUAUAUUCAUUACAGAAUUAGUGCCUUUAGUUUAUAAAAGUACAAAUAAAAUAAUUUUGUA